GACGCCGUGACGCCAGGCCGGUGUGUGUCCGUCUGUGUGUGUGUGAGUGUGCGCGCUCUGCGUGUUUGUAUGUGUGUCCGCCCGGCAGGUCCCGGAUGUUGCGGACAGUAUGAGGUGAGCGCACGGGGACAGGGACCAGCAGCUGUCGCGGCCGCUCUCAGAUGGGGGAGACUGAAGCAAAAAGAGAUAAAGUCAUCUGCCCUGGAUCACACAAGUCUUUGACAGAGUUGGGAAGACGUUAUAGAUGUUCUGAAUUCCGGUUCCUCACUAUAACUUCUACACUGUGGUUCCUCCAUGUAAAUUCUUGACGAGCCUUGCUGCCCAGGCUACUUCUAUAAAACUGUAUUAUUCUUGGAUUGGAAGUGAAAAGUAACCUGAAGAAGAUUACCCAGACUUCUCUGUUCUCUGAGUUUCAGAAUCCAGGCCUACUAGGAAAUAGCUGCAAGCUGGAAAAAACCCUCAUAGGUACUGACAUAUGCAGGGUGAAGACUAAAUAGAAAGGUGGUUUUUUUUCUUCUGAACUGGGAAAUCGAGUUUAACCUUCAAACUGGCGAUGUCAAGGGUGCCGAGUCCUCCUCCUCCGGCAGAAAUGUCGAGUGGCCCUGUAGCUGAGAGCUGGUGCUACACACAGAUCAAGGUAGUGAAAUUCUCCUACAUGUGGACCAUCAAUAACUUUAGCUUCUGUCGGGAAGAAAUGGGUGAGGUCAUUAAAAGUUCAACCUUUUCAUCAGGAGCCAAUGAUAAACUAAAAUGGUGUUUGCGGGUGAAUCCAAAGGGGCUAGAUGAAGAAAGCAAAGAUUACUUGUCACUUUACCUGUUAUUGGUCAGCUGUCCAAAGAGUGAAGUCAGGGCAAAGUUCAAAUUCUCUAUCCUGAAUGCCAAGGGGGAAGAAACGAAGGCAAUGGAGAGCCAGAGAGCAUAUCGGUUUGUACAAGGCAAGGACUGGGGAUUCAAGAAGUUCAUCCGUAGAGAUUUUCUUUUGGAUGAGGCCAAUGGUCUCCUUCCUGAUGAUAAACUCACACUCUUUUGUGAGGUGAGUGUGGUGCAGGAUUCAGUCAACAUUUCUGGCCAGAAUACCAUGAAUAUGGUGAAAGUCCCUGAAUGCCGGUUGGCAGAUGAGUUGGGAGGACUCUGGGAAAAUUCCCGCUUCACAGAUUGCUGCUUGUGUGUUGCUGGCCAAGAGUUUCAAGCUCACAAAGCUAUCUUAGCAGCCCGUUCUCCUGUGUUCAGCGCCAUGUUUGAGCACGAGAUGGAAGAGAGCAAAAAGAACCGAGUGGAAAUCAAUGAUGUGGAGCCAGAAGUUUUUAAGGAAAUGAUGUGCUUCAUUUACACUGGCAAGGCCCCCAACCUAGACAAAAUGGCUGAUGAUCUUCUGGCAGCUGCAGACAAGUAUGCCCUGGAGCGUUUAAAGGUCAUGUGUGAAGACGCACUCUGCAGUAGCCUGUCUGUGGAGAACGCAGCAGAGAUUCUUAUCCUGGCUGACCUGCACAGCGCAGAUCAGCUGAAAACGCAGGCAGUGGAUUUCAUCAACUAUCAUGCUUCAGAUGUCAUGGAGACCUCUGGAUGGAAGUCCAUGGUGGUUUCACACCCCCAUUUGGUGGCCGAGGCGUACCGCUCCCUGGCUUCAGCACAGUGCCCUUUCUUGGGCCCCCCACGAAAGCGCCUGAAGCAGUCCUAAGGCCCCUGCUUGUUGCAGGACCCAAUUUUUUUGCCCAGAAGCAGCAGCAGCACGUUUGCUGUCCUUGACCACUACGUAGAGACAGCUCAGUCUGUGGAGCUUUUACUCUAUUAUGGGGGAAAAGACUGUUUCCUGACAACCCUGACUUUUAAAAACAGCACCAAGUAACUUGAGGGGACAUAGGGGGAGGGGAGGGCCUGGGGCUCGGGGCAGUUCAUCCUAACGAAAACCCUGUUGCUGCAUUGUCUGUGUGUUCCCUUCAGCUUGGACAAGCCGAUCCUCCAGGGAUUUGGUUUAGGUGCUGACACCCCACAAAGACAUCCGGAAGGUGGUACUAGGGUAUAACCCAUCUCUGCACCUGACCGCACAGAACAGAACAGAUCAAAUCGUCAGGUGCCUGGAGUAAAAAACAAACAAAAAAGGACGCUUAGUUUUUAAGAGGAAGGGAAAGAGAAAAGGAAGAGGAGGAAAGAACUUUUGAUGGAAUUUCUCAAAAGGACGUUUCUGGAGGAUUCCAGUAGUAUUUAUGUUGAGAGAAAGAAACUUGAGCCCUUUCAGCUGUGCUAAAAACUGGGACGUUUACAAAAAACGCCUAACCAUCGUACAGCGACCAGAAGAACAGUUCUCUCUUGUUAUUAGCACUUAUAUGUUGUUUGCAAAAAACUCCGGAAAACACCCUUUAUCAUUCUGUGGGGGAAGAGACACGUGAAGGUGAGAGGCCGAAAGGAGGCCCUCUGGUCUGGGAAACAAGAACUCGGACAUGGCGCCCUUUGCAAAGAGUCUUUAUUGGUUUUGAAGAACUGGGGGAAAACAAUCCUUCAUCCCUUUCUUGUACUUUCUUGACAAGAACUGUGGUUCUCUGUUUUUAGAUAUUGUGGAAAAUGUUUUUUGGCAUUUUUCUCUCAUUUUAUUUCUCCCUCCUCCUUCUCCCCAGCCCCCUUUUUUAAAAGGGUCGGGGGGAAAGAACUAACACAUUGUUAGUAGUUCACUAACACUGCGUGGGGAAAACAACACUGAAAACACUAACACAGUGUUAAUUGUUCACUAACACUGCGUGGAAUAAAACACUAAAAACACUAACACGCAGUGUUGUUCACUAACACUGUGUGGGAAGAAACCCCACUAAAAACACUAAUAUGCCGUGUUAGUUGUUCACUAAUACUGCAUGAAAAAUUCCUGGUCCUGAAAUGCUCAGUUCUUUGUACCUGACUUGCCGCCUGCAUAGGAGCCAGUCCUGUUCUGUUCCUUUCCUGCCUCCCAUGGGGAGAACUUCCAAAUGGUCAUUUUUUUUCCUUUUUGAAAAUAUAAAUAAUUACUAUUU